AUGUGGUGGGACACUUCUACAGAUAACAUUACGUUUAAAAUUUCCGAUCGUAUAGAUGCGCUGCUCUUGUCCGGUACCCGUCGACCUACCAAACGAGAGGUCUUGCGGACUCUCAUGAUGGUUUUUGACCCGCUAGGGUUUAUCGGACAUUUUCUGAUGAUCCUCAAGACGCUUCUCCAAGAGAUAUGGCGAUCGUCAAUCGGCUGGGAUGAUUCGAUCAACGACUCGCAUUUCGAAAAGUGGUCUUCGUGGUGUGUGUCUCUCCCCGGAAUAACGACGCUUCAGAUCCCUCGCUGCUAUCGAACAAAAUCCUCUACAGCCAAGCACAAUGACAUCCAGCUACAUACCUUUGUUGAUGCGAGUGAAACCGGCUUCGCUGCAGUUGUAUACCUGAGAUUUCAGGAAGAUACCACCAUCGAAUGUGCAUUAGUUGGAUCGAAAACGAGAGUGUCACCUAUCAAAUUUUUGUCCAUUCCCCGUUCAGAGCUUCAAGCCGCCAUAAUUGGAGUCAGACUAGCAGAAACGGUGAAGCAAUCGUUAUCGAUCAAGAUAAGGCAACGAUACUUUUGGACGGAUUCGAAGGACGUACUCUGCUGGCUGAAUUCCGACCUUCGUCGUUAUAGCCAGUUUGUGGCCUUCAGAGUCAGCGAGCUUCUCGAAUCCUCAGAUGUGCGCGAAUGGAAUUGGAUACCUAGCAAGCAAAACGUGGCAGACGAAGGAACGAAAUGGAAGACCAACCCCGACUUGUCCGCUUCUAGCCGUUGGUUCCGUGGGCCAGAAUUCCUGUGGAAAUCUACGGAACAUUGGCCUAUGUCUAAUAGUCGCAUCGGAGUAACCACUGAAGAACUACGUCCUCAUCUGUUGUUUCAUACUAAAAUUGUAGAACCUGUAAUCGAUCUCCAUCGCUUUUCCGAUUGGCGGAAACUAAUUCGCUGCACGGCUCAUGUUUUUCGCUACAUAAAUAAUCUGAAAUCCUGCGUAUAUAAAAAGAAUGUAACCAACGGACCACUGCAACGUCGAGAGCUAAGCGAUUCCGAAUGCUGCCUAUUUCGUAUGGCACAAAACUACACCUACGCUGACGAAAUCACCAUUCUCUCUAGAAACCGGCUUGCAGAGAAUCCAGACAAAACCAUUCCGAGAAACAGUCCAUUAUUUCACCAAUGUGUCUUCCUCGACGAGAACGAUGUUCUAAGGGUUCGAGGUCGAACACGAGCUUGUCAGUUUAUCGCCCGAGAUGCCGCUCAACCAACCAAUCAUUCUACCACGCGAGCACCCAAUCACACGGCUUAUUCUUCUUGA